CCUGCGCCCAGCGCUGGAGACCUGGGGUUGGGCAGAGCCCAGUUCCGUGCAACUUUCAAGUGAGUUGCAAACCCCGCCCCGAGGCCGGUGCCGGUGUCCUGACCGCGGGGACCUGCACGAGCCCAGGCUGCGACCAGCCGCCCCCGGCCCGGAAGCCGCAGCGCCCCAGCAAGGGCCGAACGCCUGGUUCCCCGCGGCAGGAAGUGCAGGUCGGAGCGGUAACUGCGGGAACGGCGAGGCCGGGCGGAAGAGCACGUCGGCCGGUACUGGUUCCCAACGCUGGCGUGAGCGUCCGUCUGGGGGUCUUCCCGGAGAGAUCUCCCUUCGUUCUUGAUUGAAGCUGCAGGAUGGUGUCCUGGAUGAUCUGUCGUCUGGUGGUGCUGGUGUUUGGGAUGCUGUACCCAGCGUAUGCUUCCUACAAGGCUGUGAAGACUAAGAACAUUCGUGAAUAUGUCCGGUGGAUGAUGUACUGGAUCGUCUUUGCGCUCUUCAUGGCGGUGGAGACCUUCACAGACAUCUUUGUUUCCUGGUUCCCUUUCUACUACGAGAUCAAGAUGGCCUUCGUGCUGUGGCUGCUUUCCCCCUACACCAAGGGGGCCAGCCUGCUUUACCGCAAGUUCGUCCACCCAUCCUUGUCUCGCCAUGAGAAGGAGAUCGACACCUACAUCGUGCAGGCCAAGGAGCGCAGCUACGAGACAGUGCUCAGCUUUGGGAAGCGAGGCCUCAACAUUGCCGCUUCAGCCGCCGUACAGGCUGCCACCAAGAGUCAGGGUGCGCUGGCCGGAAGGCUGCGGAGCUUCUCCAUGCAGGACCUGCGCUCCAUCCCCGACGACUCCACCCCCGUCUACCAGGAUCCCCUCUACCUGGAGGACCAGGUACCCCGCCGCAGGCCACCCAUUGGGUACCGGGCAGGGGGCCUACAGGACAGUGACACCGAGGAGGAGUGUUGGUCAGAUACAGAAGCAGUCCCCCAGCCGCCAGCCCGGCCCCGAGAGAAGCCUCUGGGCCGCAGUCAGAGCCUGCGUUUGGCCAAGAGAAAGCCGCUCACGCGGGAGGGCACCUCGCGCUCCCUGAAGGUUCGGACGAGGAAAAAGACUGCGCCCUCAGACAUGGACAGCUAGGGUCUGUGGAGCCUGGCCCAGUCUUACCUCAUGCUCUGCAGGGCAGUGGGGACUGUUUGAAGGGGACCUCUGGCUGCACACACGUCUGGCCUGCCUGCACCAGCUGCCCAGGUGCCGCCUUCUUGGCUGUUGGUCAUAGGCCAAGGGCAGGUGCUGCCAGCGCCAUGCACAGGGCUGCGCUUAUGAUGUACCAAAGCAGGCUGGGUCCACGGUUCUAUUUAUUGCCUUCUUCUCCCCUCUACCUUCCAGGUGUGGGACCAGAGCCCUCCCAGGCCCCUGGAAAAUGAAACCAAAGCCCACUCUGGCCCUGUCCUUCAAAGUACUUGACAGCCUUCUCUGAGGCCGUGUGUGUGUCCUGGUUGUAUGGUUUGUGUUGGUGAAUGGGGUCAGGUUUGUGGAUGUUUUGAUAAAUAAAUACAUAAAAGCAC